UAAGUUUUUAGCUAGCCAACUAGUAGCUAAUAAGUUCAAAGUCCAACAUCGACGCUGUGGAGUGGAAGCCCGUAACAUUAAACAAUAUGAUUUAGUUAACUUAAUUACUUUAAAUUCAGUCGUAUUAUAUAUCCUAAAGAUAUAGCCGUCGUUAAAUAUGGCUAGAUUUAGACAAGUGGAACCAGACGACGCUGACCUCCGCAUGGUCGAAACAGUCUUGGAAAUUGCACAUGAAGAAUCUAAAGGCCGAGAUGUAAGAAUUGGACUUCUUGGUUUAGACGAGCACAACAAUAUCUGUUACCUGCAGGGGGGUUAUGAAUAUGAUGACGGCAGACCAAACGAUGACGUCCCUACGAGUGUGUACUGUGGAGUUUCCAAAGAGUUCUUGGCCAAAAAACUGUCGACCAGGCCUCCAGUCAGGCGGCAAAAGAAACCCGAAACCACAGUGCUCUCCACCACCACAUAUUCAGCUGAAACUCAUUUUAAACUAUUAGAAGAGGAGGAGAAGAGCAAGGAGAGAGCAGAGAAAAAGCGGCUUAGAAAAUUGAGACAAAGGGAGAGGAGACGCCUAGAGAAAUCGGAUAAACUAAAACUUAACACAGAACAUUUGUUAGAGGAUAAUAAUGAUGACACGCAGUGUAAGGUGGCGGAGGGUAAAGGUGUACUUAAGAAUUCUAAAGAGACCACUGCUACAGAAGCACAAGAAAAACCAGCUGCAUCUAAUAAACCAGCUGCAUCUAGUAUACCUGCUGCAUCCAGUAUACCUGCUGCAUCCAGUAUACCUGCUGCAUCCAGUAUACCUGCUGCAUCCAGUAUACCUGCUGCAUCCAGUAUACCUGCUGCAUCCAGUAUACCUGCUGCAUCCAGUAUACCUGCUGCAUCCAGUAUACCUGCUGCAUCCAGUAAACCUGCUGCAUCCAGUAAACCUGCUGCAUCCAGUAAACCUGCUGCAUCCAGUAAACCUGCUGCAUCCAGUAAACCUGCUGCAUCCAGUAAUUCCGGCAACAGUGGCAGCAGCAGCGAAGAGGAUUCCAGUGAGGAUGAAGAUGAUAAAGAGAGCUUGUCUGGGCAAUGCGAGCAAGAGCUGGACCUCUCCAGCUGUUUUAUAUCCAAAGCUGUUGACAUAGCCAAGCGUAAAUUUGAACUCAAGCCUAAGCCAGAGAAUAAGACCGAGAAGAAGAUUCCAGCUCCGGUCAGCCAACUGAAAACAAAGCCAAAUGAAGAAAAGAAUGGUGUAAAACAGAAUUUGCCCAUUCCAAAGUCUGAAGAUUUACAAAAAAUUAGUACAGAGCUUGCCGUAAUGGGAAACAAGUUUGCAAGCAAUGGCCGUUUUGAUGUGGCUGUGAAGUAUUUUACAGAUGCAAUUAAGUAUAACCCCAAAGAAUAUAGGUUGUUUGGCAACCGUUCCUUCUGCUUCGAGAAGAUGCAGGAGUAUGAGAGGGCGUUGACCGAUGCUGAGUUGUCCCUCAACUUGUGUCCUGGCUGGGUCAAGGGCCUUUACAGGAAGGGAAGAGCUCUGGCCGGUCUGCAGAGAUAUGAUGAGGCUGCCCAGGCCUUUAAGGAGGUCCUACAGUUAGACAGCUCCUGUGUAGAUGCUGCCCAGGAGCUCAUGAGGGUUCAGAUAAUACAGCUAAUGGAGUUUGGCUACUCUCGAGAGCAGAGCUCAAAUGCCUUAAUUAUUCAUGGCACAGUGAAGAAAGCUCUUGAGGCGCUGUCAAAGAUUUCUGGGGCCUCGUUUAUUACUAAUGGAGUCUACCCGAAUUCUGCUGCCUCUCCCCCCUCAUGGUUCCGGGCCCCAACCCCAACCAAUCCCCAGAUCCAGCCCCCAACCAAAGCACAGACCCAACAGCUAAACAGCGCAGUCAAACCCAAGCAGGAAAUGCCUCAAGCACAACUCGAACUAUUUCCUGUUUGGGUUGGGAACCUGGGCCAAACGGUAACGGAAUCCAUGUUGAAGAACUUGUUCAGCAUUGCUGGAGAGGUUCACAGUGUGAAGCAGCUGAAUAGCAGACGAUGUGCCUUUGUCAAUUUCACCAGCAAGAGCCACUGUGAUGUUGCCAUCCAAAAGUUACAUGGCCAUGACCUCCAUGGCUCCAGGAUGACUGUUCGCUACCCAGACAGAAUCCCCACACACAUGGGCAUGUCCAAGGCUGCGAGGCAGGCUGUGGACCUGCCUGAAAACUGCCAAAGCAGUUCCAGGGAGUGCUUCUUCUGGAGGAACAUGGGCUGCAGCAGGAGACCGGUCUGCCCCUACAAACACAUCCUGGAACACAAGGGCAUCGACAGGCGCAAGACCAGCCCCACCGAAGAAGAAUCAGGAGAACGGCACUAGAACCACACAGCCAGCCGCUGUGUUUUAAAAUGAUAUUAUUUUCCAGAUUUCCACUCAUAUCAAUUCUGCCUGGUGGUGGGAAUCCAUUUUUUUAUGUUGUUGAAAUCAAAGAUGUUUUAAGUGAGUAUUGGCCAUUUCUUUACAUAUCUGCUUAGGCAAGGAGCCGGUGCUGCUGUAACAUGAGCAUUAAUGUGCCACCUCUAGCUACUACGUCAGCAAUCCUUGUAAAGUUACAUUUGUUCAAACAAAUGCAACCAUGCUUUUUAUUCUGAUUUUAAAUAAUCAUUGCUACCAUUCCAGGUAUUGAAAUAACUAAAUUAUGUCAGUGUUCUUACUCUUUAGAAUGGGAAUAUAAAAAAUAAAAAAAGUGUCCCCUUU